CCAGGACGAAAGCGAUCACGUAAAGAUGGCGCUGUUCAUGUUGAGACACGGGCGCAGGUUUCCGUCAACGGUCCGCUUCACCAGCGUGUUUUCAAAUAAAGGUGUGGUUCUGAACCGGUCCAGUAGAACCAGGCUACCACCUCCAUCACCUGUCGCCGUGGCAGCAACAGCGGUGCGCGCGUGCAGCUCCCACGAGCAAGAACAAGCAAAACAGGCGAUUAAGAGGUUCGAGGUGGUUCCGGGUCCCAUGUUUUGGAUAAAGUCUCGCAUUUACUACUUCCUUAUUAAAACCUUCUUUGAUAAAGACUUCAACGUUAAAACGUUCAUCGAGGGCGCGACAAAGGCUUUCUCCCAUGUUUCCAGGCUGCAGUUUGAUGCUUUAGAGGGACUUGUGGCUAAAGAGCUACUUGGACCCAUGAAGCUAAACUACAGGUGGAUGCCUUUGCACGAAAGGCAAGGCCUUGCUGCAGAUCACAUCAUGAGCGCAAUACCAAACAACGUGGAAUUCUACACAGACACGCUUGGUCAGCAUGUUGUUGGAACUAAAAGAGCAUCACUUUCUUUUGGUUUCAUCACUGUGUCCUCGUCCAGUCAGUCUUGUGUUUUCAGGGAGGAGAAACACACCUCUUCCAGGUUGCUGGCAAAGAGGGAACUGGGGUUAAGAGUCUUCGAGUUGCAGUUUACGAAUUCCGAAUGGAGCUUAACACAAAGGUGCGUCCACACUGGAUGAUAAUAACGCUGCAUCACUCGAUGAGGAAACCCAAUUUAGAAUCAAAGCUGUAGAAGUCCUUCAGAUCUAAGUUCAGUGAACUGAGGAGGAAGGAGAACGUGACUACGCAUGGAGCAAAAAGAGGCAACACUUGACUGGAGAGUCAACCACAUCUGUCUGCACCUAUUCAUCUUUGUCUUUCACCUUUUUAUACUGCAUUAAACUUGAUGACCUUUUGA